AUGGGGGGAUUGUGGGAACGCAUGGUACGUUCCAUCAAGAACGCCAUGAAAAGCAUUCCCCAAGAUGACAAACUCGACGACGAAGGAUUACAAACUGUAUUGGUAGAGGCUGAAGAAAUUGUCAACUCGCGCCCGCUCACGUACCUACCACUGGACUCAGCAGAGCGAGAAGCACUCACUCCAAACCACUUCAUCUUGGGAAGCUCAUCUGGAGUAGUGCAGCCAAUAACAAAGUUAGAAGACUCUGCUAAUGAGCUUAAUGCAUCCUGGAACCUGGUCCAGAAACGUAUCGACCAUUUCUGGAGGCGAUGGGUUGAAGAGACGAAGCCUGUCCAACCCGGAGACUUGGUCAUUGUGAUCGACGACAGUAGACGAAAUGGGUGGAUACGUGGACGAAUUGUAGAAGUGACUCCGGGCAGCGAUGGACGAAUCCGGCAGGCGUUGGUUCAAACAUCUAGUGGACUGUUUCGGAGACCUGUCUCAAAGCUGGCAGUGCUGGAUGUAGAUAGACUUGGUGAGAUUGAUGGUUCAAUUCAUUCUCACGGGGAGGGGAAUGUUCGCACGAUCACAGCACCGGCAACCCGGCCCACAGCGCCUUCACUCUUUUUCAAAAAUUUGAUUGGCAUCCCUGGGCGCAAGUCGAGUGAAGAGCUGCAGGAGCGUCACAUCCAAGGGACGGUCAAGCACGGUGAAGGCAACGGCAUGGUGUGA